CGUCAGGCGUGGGAAGAUGGCGGCGUUCGCGCUCUGCGGAGGCUGCGGGCACCUUCAGGACCGUGGCUGUCCGGGAGGGCGCUGGGGACGGCCCCCAGCCGAGGGCAACAAUGGCAGCCCGAUACGAGCUUUAUGCAGCAGUUAGAAGGCGCCGUCAUGUACCCCAGCAAAGUGUCGGAAAAAUGGGUCCCUCCACCGUGGAAUAAUCUGGGAUCUCUUUGCUCUCCCAGACAGGGAUCCCAUAGUAGGAGAAUGGCCAACAUCACUCUCAACUUUGGGCCCCAACAUCCUGCCGCCCACGGGGUCCUGCGCCUAGUCAUGGUGCUAUGGGAGAAUGUGAGGAAGUGUGACCCCCAUAUCGGCUUGCUUCCGGGGACGGAGAAACUGAUCGAAUACAAGACCUACCUCCAGGUAGAAGCGGCCUGCCGUAUUUUGAACCGACUAUAUUACGUCUCCAUGAUGUGCAACGAGCAGGCCUACGCUCUGGCUGUCGAGAAACUGCAUAUCCAAGUGCCCAUCAGAGCUCAAUGGAACAGGUUUUUGCUUCCUAGUUCUCUUCGUAGAAUCACGCGGCUGUUGAAUCACAUCAUGGCCAUCACCACACACGCCCUGGAUGUUGGGGCCAUGACCCUCUGGAUGUUUGAGGAGAGAGAAAAGAUGUUUGUUUACGAGCGAGUAUCCGGAGCGCGAAUGCACGCCGCUUACAUCCGUCCAGGAGGCGUACACCAAGAUAUGCCGCUGGGAUUAAUGGACGACAUCUACGAAUUCGUGAAGAAUUUUUCCGCCCGUGUGGACGAGGUGGAGGAGAUGCUGACCAACAACCGGAUUUGGAGAAACCGCCUAAUCGAUAUGGGUGAUCUCCGCGAAGAUGCCCAGAAUUGUGGUUUUAGCGGCGUGAUGCUUCGUGGAUCCGGGAUCCAGUGGGAUCUUCGCAAAACCCAGCCUUACGACGCCUACGACCAGGUGGAGUUUGACGUGCCGAUUGGAUCGAGGGGAGACUGUUACGACAGGUACCUCUGCCGCAUCGAAGAGAUGCGCCAGUCGCUCCGCAUCAUCUUACAGGCCCUGAACAAGAUGCCGGAAGGAGAGAUCAAAGUGGACGAUGCCAAGGUCUCGCCUCCUAAGAGGGCGGAGAUGAAGUCAUCCAUGGAGGCGCUGAUCCAUCAUUUCAAACUUACACCGAGGAUAUCAAGUGCCUCCGGGGCUACCUACACAGCCAUCGAGGCUCCGAAGGGUGAAUUCGGCGUCUACCUGGUCUCUGACGGGAAGCAGCCGUCCGUAUCGUAGAUCAAAGCACCUGGCUUUGCACACUUGGUAAGAGAGAGAUCUUGGAUAAAAAUGUCCAAGGGCCACAUGCUUGCGGAUGUGGUAGCCAUCAUUGGCACCCAGGAUAUUGUCUUUGGCGAAGUGGACAGAUAGAUCAGCGUCCGGGGCGGCGGGGGCGGGGGCAGAGACGGGAUAGGAAUCACCCCUCGAUCUGGACGCCGUCUCCCCCCACCCCAAGGAAUUUGGCUCAGCAUCCUACUGCUCUUUGUUUUGUGUGUGGUUGUUGUUUGUCGUUUUUGUUGUAAUCCGGUGCUGGGACACCAGGCCAGGAUGAGCAAACAGGAUAAUAAAACCGAUCUGCCAAAAUAGAAA